GAGCAGAGGUUCCACUGUCCUGGAACUGAGGAGAGAGCGCCACUAGCCAAGUGGUUAUCAGCGCCUCUGGCUGAGAGGUAUCAGCCCAGAUGCCCACCAACAGCUGAACAGACAAUGAAAAUGUGGUACACCGUGGAAUUUUAUCAGCUCUAAAAAUAAGAAAUUGUAAAAAUUUCAGCAACAGCUGGGAAGGCAAAAAGAACAUCUGUAGACACUCGAGGUCAACGUCAUGAAGCCCUCGUGGUUCCCGUGUCUGGUGUUCCUCUGCAUGCUGCUCCUGUCUGCCCUGGGAGGGAGGAAGAACAAGUAUUAUCCUGGAGAACUAUUACUCGAGGAAUGCUGGGGCCAGCCCAAAACCAAUGACUGCGUCAAGAAGUGUUCUAGAACUUUCAAAUGUGUAUACAGAAACCACACAUGCUGCUGGACCUACUGUGGUAACAUCUGUGCAGAAAAUGGGAAAUUUUUUGAAAGAAAAUGACCCUGACUUCCCGCUGGCCCGACCUCACAGGAGCUAGUGGGUGCUUAAGAGACUUCAGAACAGGGCUGGGUGGUUACUUUCAGAAAUGCUGUUUAUUGGGGGUACAAAGGCAAGCAUACUUGAAAAAUAAAACACGAAAGACU